AGCUUUCGGGCCACAGCCACCGCCGCGCGAGCUAGAAGCGCCCUAGCCCGGCAAGCUGGCUCACCCGCUGGCCACCCAGCACAGCCCGCUGGCCCCUCUCCUGCAGCCCAUCUGGCGGAGCGGCGGCGGCGGCGGCGGAGGCAGGAGGAUGGCUUCAGAACUGGCAAUGAACAAUUCCGACCUGCCCACCAGUCCCCUGGCCAUGGAAUAUGUUAAUGACUUCGAUCUGAUGAAGUUUGAAGUGAAAAAGGAACCGGUGGAGACCGACCGCAUCAUCAGCCAGUGCGGCCGUCUCAUCGCCGGGGGCUCGCUGUCCUCCACCCCCAUGAGCACGCCCUGCAGCUCGGUGCCCCCGUCCCCCAGCUUCUCGGCGCCCAGCCCGGGCUCGGGCAGCGAACAGAAGGCGCACCUGGAAGACUACUACUGGAUGACCGGCUACCCGCAGCAGCUCAACCCCGAGGCGCUGGGCUUCAGCCCGGAGGACGCGGUCGAGGCGCUCAUCAGCAACAGCCACCAGCUCCAGGGUGGCUUCGAUGGCUACGCGCGGGGAGCACAGCAGCUGGCCGCAGCGGCGGGGGCCGGCGCCGGCGCCUCCCUGGGCGGCAGCGGCGAGGAGAUGGGCCCCGCCGCCGCCGUGGUGUCCGCCGUGAUCGCCGCGGCCGCCGCGCAGAGCGGCGCGGCACCGCACUACCAUCACCACCACCACCACACCACGGGGCACCACCACCACCCGACGGCCGGCGCCCCGGGAGCCGCGGGCGGCGCGUCCGCCUCUGCGGGCGGCGCGGGUGGCGCGGGCGGCGGUGGCCCGGCCAGUGCCGGGGGCGGCGGCGGCGGCGGCGGCGGGGGCGCGGCGGGGGCGGGGGGCGCCCUGCACCCGCACCAUGCCGCGGGAGGCCUGCACUUCGACGACCGCUUCUCGGACGAGCAGUUGGUGACCAUGUCGGUGCGCGAGCUGAACCGGCAGCUGCGCGGGGUCAGCAAGGAGGAGGUGAUCCGACUGAAGCAGAAGAGGCGGACCCUGAAAAACCGCGGCUAUGCCCAGUCCUGCCGCUUCAAGAGGGUGCAGCAGAGACACGUCCUGGAGUCGGAGAAGAACCAGCUGCUGCAGCAGGUCGACCACCUCAAGCAGGAGAUCUCCAGGCUGGUGCGCGAAAGGGACGCCUACAAGGAGAAAUACGAGAAGUUGGUGAGCAGCGGGUUCCGAGAAAACGGCUCCAGCAGCGACAACCCGUCCUCUCCCGAAUUUUUCAUUUCAUGAGCUGGUGUUCAUUCUCUCUGUGUGUGUUUAUUUUGUUUGGAUUUUCUUUUGUUUUUUUCUUUGUUUUUGUUUAUUUUUUGGAGCUUGCCGUGUUUCCCAACCUCCGCCCUCAUCCCCCUGCACCAUGUUCUUGACAUAAAAGAAAAAACAGCAGGUUUUUUUUUCUCCUCCUGAGUUCUGUGAGAUUGAGCUUGCAAAGGAAAAAAAAAAUGUGAAAUGCUAUAGACCUUGCAGCGUGCUGAGUUCCACCGGGUUUUUAGCAUUGUUAUGCUAAAACAGAAAGAACUAAAGCCCCUCCUGAACCUGCCACAAUCAAGCCUGCAUCAAGCUUCUGGGUGUGACUCCUGAGUUUUGGCCUUAUGAUGCCAAAUCUGGAAGUUUAGUCAGCCAUUAAAAAACAAACAAACAAAAACACAAAAACAAAUUUACUCUCAUCUCAUGCAUUAUGAUGCUUGCUACUUUGUCUUAGCAACAAUGAACUAUAACAGUUUCAAAGACAUUAUGGAAAAGAGACAUUAUAUUAAUAAAAAAAAAGCCUGCAUGCUGGACAUGUAUGGUAUAAUUAUUUUUUUUCCUUUUUUUUUUCCCUUUUGGCUUGGAAAUGGACUUUUGAAGACUUAGCGCAUGGCAUCCAUACUUUUGUUUUACAGCCUCAUGACUUUUUUGAGUUCAGAACAACAGCAGAAAAAGUAGAACCCCAGAGGCUUCCUCCCUUGAAAGUUUGCUUCUACUCCCGACUGCUUUGAGUAUGGACUUCAGCCUCCCGUUGUAAAGGCACUGAAGGCAUUCCUUGUCAAAGACACCAGAAUGGGCUACAAAUUUACAUGGCAAAUAUGACAGAACAUAAAUUAAAUAUUUUCUUUUUAGAAACGAUGACGGACGCCUGCUUUGGGGCACUUUAAAUUGUGCUCUUGCCAAAAGCAGUCUAAAUUUUCUUUGAAAAGAAAGAAAGAAAAAGAAAUCUGCCCCAAUUAUUUUUGGUUUGUUUUAUUUUAUUAUUAUUAUUAUUCUCUUUUUUUUUGGCUUUUGGUCAUUGUCAAAUGUGGAAUGCUAUGGGUUUCUAGUAUAUAAUUUAAUUAUAGUUUUUAUAAUCUGUUAGCCCAGUUAAAAUGUAUGCUACAGAUAAAGGAAUGUUCUAGAUAAAUUUGAAAGAGUUAGGUCUGUGUAGCUGUAGCUUUUUUUAAAAGACCGAUGCACUAAAUUGUUUACUGUUGUGAUGUUAAGGGGGGUAGAGUUUGCAAGGGGACUGUUUAAAAAGUAGCUUCUGAAGCAUGUGCUUGCAACUUAAAUAUAAGUUGGGUAUGUGUAGUUCUUGCUAUACCAUGGACUGUAUUGAAAACCAAAGUAUUAAAGGGGAAAUGCCCCUGUUUAUAUCUGUAGGGGUGUUUUACAUUCAAAAAUGUAUGUUUUUUUUUUCAAAAUUAAAGUAUUUGGGACUGAAUUGCACUAAGAUAUAACCUGCAAGCAUAUAAUACAAAAAAAAAUCGCAAAACUGUUUAGAACGCUAACGAAAUUUAUGCAGUUAUAAAAAUGGCAUUACUGCACAGUUUUAAAGCAAUGCAGAUUUUUUACAGUUGUGUUGUGGUGCAGAACUGGAUUUUCUGUAACUUAAGAAAAAAUCCACAGUUUUAAAGGCAAUAACCAGUAAAUGUUAUUUUCAGGGACUGACAUCCUGUCUUUUAAAAAAAAAGAAAAGUAAAUCUUACCACAAUAAAUCUACAAAAAUCUUUUGUCAGUCACUUUUCUUUUACAUAUUUUGCUGUGCAAAAUUGUUUUAUAACUUGAGUUACUAACUAACCACGCGUGAUGUUCUACAUGCUUCUCUUUCAUUUUCAAUUCUGGUUAUAUCGAGAGAAAGAAUAAUCUACAAUAAUAAACUGCAUUUUUUUUUUUGA